AUGCACGUCAGUGGGUGGCAGAUAGUGGAACGAUCUUCAGAUAUGGAGGUUCUCUACGAUAUCAGCAGAGAAACCUCUCAAAUAAGCAGUGUGGACAACAUGACGGCAUUACUAACAGGAUGUGGUGGAGCAGCACAUGCCACUGCUGCCCCUAUAAAAUACCACCAACGUCCAAAGACACACCGACCAGAAGUGUUUGCUUUCAGGUACCAGGAGAAAAUGCCAUCUAAGUACUUUCAAGAACGCAACAAACGGAAGUUCUCGGAUUCCCUUAACAGCCAGCGCUGGAGAUUCUUGAAAAGCGGCCUGGAUGAUUUCAGAAGCGGCUUCCCUCCACCAUCUGACAACAUCAUCAUCUGUGGCACAAAGGGGCCUGUACCGAUUGUUCUGCGUAAUCACGCAUCUGAUGCUUCACGCAUGGCCCAGCAGAAAGGAAGUAAAAAGUGCACCAAAACCCAAGUCAGCCCUUCCAAGCUCAGUCCAUUGCAGAAAGCCAGGCGGGAUCACAUUGCACAAACAGAACACUGCCUGAGCCAGCACCCCCUAGCACUCUACCCUCAUCUGGAAGAAAGCAUCCCUCCAGAGCUUUUCGAAGAGGUUGUGGGCAUCCUGGAUCCUGAGAUGCGCUUGAAUAGCGAAGGUGGAUACGAGGAUUGUGACCGGGACAGCCACACCCCUCAGCAAGUGCAGUAUCAGCUGGAGGAUGGGAAAAGUAAAGAAGCAUGUCCCAGGUCAUCAGCCCUCAGCAAGGACUCCAAAGGCAAGAAUCCACAGUACACCUACCUGUCCAAGAAAGAGGUAGCAGCAAGGGAAAAGGAGGCCAGUCUGAGCUACGUUCCUCCCCUGGAUGAGAACGUAAGGCGAGUGACUAAGGAGUUUUGUGACUGGGUGGCUUCUUUGGGAGGAGAAAAAUACAAAGUGGAUGAAGCCACCAUUCUGAGCUUGUUUGACACUGGAUAUGAAACCAAACUGGUGCUGUCUGUGCCCAUCCAUGUUGUGGAAUUAAGCAAUGUGCCAGCAGAGCUGAGAAAGUAUCUGGGUGUUUCACCUCCACCAACUGCUGUCAAGAGUUCCUCUAAGGAUCCAUCCCAACCAAAAUGGGAGAAGAUCAGGUAUGGAGCCUGGUACCUUGAACCAAAAACAUGGAGAAAACAAAGAGCAAAUGAACCUUUAGAGGAUCCAAACACAGCAGUGGAUACCGUUCAGAAUUUAAGGAACCAGUUUAGUGAAAAGGAGGCAGAGCUCCUGCAGCUCCACGGAACACACGCGUUUAAGGAAUUCCUCGAAAGGAAGGGCUACCGGAAGCCUGAGUUCCUCUUGCAGAUGCUGGCUGCAAGGGAUGCCAAUGGAGCACAAGAGCAGACUUCAAAGGGCUACAAGAAAGAGUCUCUGAAGAGACCCAAGGGGCUCAGAGAAGGAUCUUCCUCCACAAUUGUUAAUUAA